AUGAAAAAGUCUACAGAAAUCUCAGUUUUAGCAUCUGGAGCGUACUGUCAUCAUGCUGGAGAAUGGAAAUCAACUUCCGAGUUCAACUCAUGUGAUUACUCUGUUUUUGCAGAUUUGCACCGUUCACUAUUCUCACGUGAUUCUCCAGAGUUUUAUUGUCUCGUCGGGUUCCUACAAGAAGAACACUUAAACAUUGCACCACUGUCCAUAGGAUCGAAAGGUUCGUGGUUUUCUAUCGCAACACCUGAAUCCAUCACUGGAAUUGAAAAGAACCACUGGAAUAGCGUAUCUGUUAAUAUAUCUGGUGUUCAAGUAGUUUCGGAUGCUCAUAAUGUACAUCAUUAA